AUGCCUCCUCCCGUUGAAGAUUUGUCCGACGAGGAAUCCGGCGAUAUUCCUUUCAGAGAUGCGCCAGAGACCAAUGGCAAGGAUGCCCAGGACUCCCCGGAAGACGAAGGAGACGAAGAGGAGGAUGAGGGUGAAGAAGAGGGACUCUACGUCGUCGAGGAUAUUAUUGAACAUGACUGGCUUGAUGAUGGAACCCUAAAGCUCUUCGUGAAGUGGAAGGGUUAUGAAGAUAUAGACGACCACACAUGGGAAGAUGAGGAAGGCCUGAUGGAUGGAGCCCGCGACAUUGUCACAUCAUACUACAAGAAGAUCGGUGGUCGGCCGAAGAAGCCCGAAGAUAAGCCCGCGGCAGCAAAGCCAGGUCGCAAGCGCAAAUCUAUGGGUGAUUCGAAGGCUGCUACGACCACACCGGCUCCCGCAGCGAGCGAAGCUAAGAGACAGCGCCGAAAGUCAGCGCCCAAGGAGACGACUAAGCAACCUUCUGCCGAGUCCGAAGAAAAUGGCGUUCAAUGGGUUCCCAAGGGGAAGAACUGGGAUAAGGAUGUUAAAACGGUGGACACGAUUGUCCGGGAGGGUGAUGCAGGUCUCAUGGCCUGGCUUGAGUUCAACAAUGGACGCAAGGCGAAACUGUCUGUCCAGGCCUGCUAUGAAAAGUGUCCAAUGAAAAUGCUCAAAUUCUAUGAAUCGCACCUUGUUUUCAAGGAUAAUUAA